UUCCAUCUUAAUGACGUUCAGACUGAGGAAAUAAGCGAAACGUCGUCUGAGGGCUUUUAUUACCUGUCGUCACCUUAUCUCUGCGCGUCCGCUUAAAAUAUUAAUCUGCGCGCUCUGCCGCUGCCUGUUGGAUGAAGUCCUGCGCGGAGGGAGUUAAAGACGAGGCUUUUGUGAAAACAGCAGUGCGUCUGAGAGGUUGCGUAACGCAGACACGAUCAGCAGCCUGCGUUCGGAACCGCAGAUGGACGGAAAACUAGGCAGUUUAAUGAUGCACUGAAACAAAAUACAACACACGGAACACGCACAGAGGCUCCAGCAAGAGUUAAGAAGAAGUUUCCAAAGGGAAGUCAGUGUUUUCAAAAGAUGCUGCACCUGCGUGUGUGAGAACAGAGCUCAAAGAUAUUCAAUUCCAACUUCAACUGAUGGAAGGACUCAGAGCUGCAGGAAAAGCUCUGUGUUAAGAUGCGUGGCAGCUGUGGACAGAUGUGCAGCCUGGAGCCGCCUUCAACCAAACCCAGAACCCUGAGAUCAGCAGCUUCGUUUCCUGCGUCUUCGGGUCUGAGACCUGGUGCGUUCAAGGAACGGAAGCUGUUCCUGUGUUUUCCUGAUAUGUUUGAUUCAAACAGCAGGUGUGUGUUCAGUCAUGGACACGUGGGUGAAGGGCGCGUGGGGGCGCGUUGGCCGUAAACAAAGCCCGUUUCUGCCGGUGAUCCCGACCCACGGCAGCGCAGCUUUAGAACCUGGGCUCUGGGAUCAUGUGAUGCUCUCUGACGUUCCCCUCUUCUCUGUGCGUUUCUAGAGUGUCGUUCCUCUGCCACAGAACCUCCAGUCUCUGCAGAACAACGUUCUGCCUCCGAACCAAAAUGAGGCGUCUGCAGUGUUGUUAUGAGACCAGAGGAGCCUUUACAGAACCGGGUGGAUUGUUGGAAGGAGCAUUUAAAUGGACGAAGCUGCAGGAAGGCGCCGUGUGUGGAGGUCCGAGGAGCAGCCGCCACCGGAAACCUGGAUUCUAAGGAGCUUUUUAAACGCUCCAAGCUGAUUCAUUUCACCCACGAGAUUUUUAGGCUUCUGUAUUUCUUCAAUGUGACUUUCCAGCACAAAUAUUGAACAUUCUUUCUUAAAAUCGUCCUCUUUCUUUUCUCGAUUCAGCUGGACAGAAAUGCCUUUUCACCUUUGAACUUUCCUGACAUGUUGGUUGAGCUUCGCCCUCAAACAGGAAGCUGCUGCACCGAGCGGUGACGUCUUAAAUUCCGCGCGGCUCUUCAGGGUUAUGUUCUUGUGAAUCUCCACCCGAGCGAGCUCUUGGCCGUCGCUCAUGCUGCCAGUUUUGGCUUUUUGAUCAGCGAGAGCCGCUUCUCCUGCGCUGCCGCCUCAGAUCCCCUCGCUGAGCGGCACCAUGGUGAUGUCCCAGGGCACCUACACCUUCCUGGCGUGUUUCGCGGGCUUCUGGCUGAUCUGGGCCCUGGUGGUCCUGCUCUGCUGCUUCUGCAGCUUUCUGCAGCGCCGGCUGAAGCGUCGGCGUGAGGAGAGGCUGCGGGAGCAGUGUCUGCGGAGCGUGGAAAUGGAGCCGCUCAGCUGCCAACCCGCAGGGUUCCCGCCCGCACCGCCACCUCCAUCGCUGCCCAGGGAGCCGGCUCAGCCCAACGUGUCGCCGCUGCUUCCGGUGCAGGUUCCGCAUCCCAUGCCCCAAGCAGCCUGGGUCAGCAUGCCAGACACAGACUUGUUUGGGAAGCCGCCGUGCUAUGAGGAGGCCGUGCUGAUGGAGGAUCCUCCCCCGCCCUACAGCGAGGUUCUGGCCGACCCCCGAGGGGGAACCUACUUGAAGCCCGGCCCGCUGCGAGCAGCGCCGCCCCCUCGCAGGGAACACCAGGACCCGGCUCCCAUGCUUACGUCCGAGACCAGCAAGCCUCCGGCCAUGAGCGUGUUCCCGGACCGCGGCUACUCCUCCCUCAUACGCCUGCCUUCGUCGCAGCGCUGGGACUCCCUGGGUCACCUCCUGUCCAACAUGGACCUGAACCACAACGUCACGCCACCGAGCGCCCGCCCCCUCCACGCCGCCCGUCCCUUUCAGACUGCUGCAGCCACGGCCACCGUGCCGCGCAGGGAGCCCAGGACCCGCGGGGGGAUGGAGGAGCUCCAGGAGCGCCUGCAGGGAGGGGAGGGGCUGCACAGAGGCCUGCAGGGCCUUCCUCAGGUGCACAGACUCAGGGGCCUGGAGCCCAGCUGUGGCCUCCCGACCGCCUUCCCCCUGCUGGGCCGCAGCACCGCGGUCUAGGACGGAACCCCGACAACACUGAGCGACAGUCUGCCUGAAGCUCCCCUCUGUGUUUACAGCUCUGGGGGGAGACGUUAAAGUGAAAGUGCUGCAGCGGCGCCAGGAGGCCGUUCUCCGGUGCCGCGUGGGCGGAGGCGGUGCUCACUUUGCUGCUGAGUGUCUGACACCCUGAUGUCACAGCAGACAAACAGGAGUGAGCAGCUUCAUCCUCACGCUGCUCUCCACGAGCAUCGUAUUGUACCAGUCUGCUGUUGCUAUGGCUCCUAGGAACUGUCUGUCGCCCACGGCGACCUCUCCUCCUUUAUCUGCUCCUUUUUUUGUAAACUGUUGACAGUUUGCCUCUUGUCAGUGUCUCCCCCAGAGGUCAGGUUUCCUGGACUGCAUUUUCUAAGCUGCUUUGUUGUUGACGUGUAGACGACAUCUCCAGUUUUACAACAACCUUCCAAGAAAAAUGUAACUAAUUCACGUGGACGACUUGUUGUAAUUCAUGGAAGCAACGGUCAAUAAGAUUAAAGCUCAGUGUC